AUGCACUGGCGGGUGCACACGGGCGAGAAGCCCUAUGGCUCCUCCACCUGCGACAAGACCUUUGCUCGGUUGUCGGGUCGGCAGGUGCGCCGGCGGGUGCACAGCAGAGAGCGGCCCUUCUCCUGCUCUGACUGCGGCAAAGGCUUCAAGUCGCCGCUGGACCUGAAGGUGCACAGGCGCGUGCACACCGGGGAGCGGUCCUACACCUGCAACGACUGUGGCAAGGGCUUCACCCAGUCCAGCAACCUGCUGGUGCACCAGCGCAUGCACACAGGCGAGCGCCCCUACACCUGUGUCCAGUGCGGCAAGGGCUUCACCCUCUUCACCGGGCUGCUGACCCACCAGCGCACCCAUACCGGAGAGCGGCCCUACACCUGCAGCGACUGCGGCAAGGGCUUCACCCGCUCCGACAGCCUGCUGGAUCACCAAUGGACCCACACCGGCGAGCGCCCCUACACCUGCGCCCAGUGCGGCAAGGGCUUCACCCGCUCCACCUAUCUGCUGGAGCACCAGCGCACCCACACCGGCGAGUGCCCCUAUACCUGCGCCCAGUGCGGCAAGGGCUUCACCCGCUCCACCUAUCUGCUGAAGCACCAGCGCACCCACACUGGCGAGCGCUCCUACACCUGUGCUCAGUGCGGCAAGGGCUUCACCUGCUCCAACAGCCUGCUGUCCCACCAGCGCACCCACACCGGCGAGCGCCCCUACACCUGCGCCCAGUGCGGCAAGGGAUUCACCAGCUCCACGAAGCUGCUGUCCCACCAGCGGGUUCACGUCGGCGACCGUCCCUUCCCCAGCCUGGUUUGUGGAGAGCGC